UGGCUUCCGGGAAUACAGAGUCGUGAAAAUGGUGGUCACCAGGUCCGGACUGACUGGGACCCCGCUCCAAAAAAGCCCCAAGUCGAAGGGUUCUGUUUCUAAAAGAAUUGGGACACAUUUAAAAAGCAAGAAAGAAUCAGGAUCCAAUGGCAGCACCACUGAAUCACAGACUGAUGAGAAACGAAGUUCAGUCCUCUCUAGAAGGACAAAAAGCAGAACUACAGGCCCAGCAGAGAUCACUGAACUGGCUACUGAGGGAGAAGCCUCUGAGGCGGAGUCUCAUACUUCAGGGAUUUCUUAUGUGUCUGAGGUCCAGGAGCCCAUUAUAAGAAUAACUAGGAAAAGACGGGUUGUAAUUGCACCCACCCCAAAGUCCAUUGUUAAGAAAAGGCAGAAAGUAACUCCUCAACAUGAAUCUCUUGAUGGAGAAGUUGUUUCUGAAGCGGAAUCUCAUGCUUCAGGAGUUUCUAUGGUUAUAUCUUCCACAGAGUGUGGAAGAAAUAGGGUUAAAUCUCAGAGAUAUUCAAGCCAAGAGUCGCAUGCAGAUGCUCUAUCUGAUGUUGAAUCAUCAUGCUCAGGCAUUUCAUCACCUGGGAUUGCAUCUAGAAGAACAGCCAGGAAUACGCAGAAAAAAUUACAGGCCCAAGAUGAGAAGAAGGAUACAAAGAUUACACCAGAAAAUAAAAAGCAAAUUGUGGAUACAUACGUGGAUUCAGAGGAAUCAGAUACUGAACAGACCUCUCAGUUAGCAGGAAGACCAGUUUCUCAGAUAAAUAUGCCAAAUAUUUCUAAUAAUGAAACUUAUAAUGACUAUGAUUCCAUCCGUAGAAAUUCAAGGAAAAAACUAACAACACAAAACCAUCAAAAUUCACAUAUACAAGAGGAAAAACAAGCUGAUGAUGUGUCUCUUAUAGAAAUCAGAAAGAAUUGUAAGAGUCUGCAUGAAGAGGACACCAAAAUAAUAGAGGAAAAAGAAAUUAAUAAGAAAGACUUCCAGUUGAGUCUUUCUGAAGUUGAAGACAGCAGCCUUCAACAGUCAGUUUCUCAGAAUCAUUCAUGCACCCGAAAUAAUAACAAAGCUGAAUCACAGCCUUCAAGUCGACAAUACGGGCCUAAAGUGAAAUCAUUAAAGGUCAAGUCUGCAGUUGUGAAAAUAGAACGAUGGAAUGAAGAGAGAGGGAGCAGUGUGGAAACGAAUGGCUUGGCACAAUUCGAUGAUCGUGGUGAUAGUAAUGCUGAACCCACGAGUGUAGGUGUCAGUGAAGACCAGAACAAUCAAAAUGUAGUUCUUGAAUGUGAUACCAGCGUAUGCAAGCCUGAUGUCAACAUGUCCCAGGAUAUAGAUAGUCCUGUUUUAUUAUUUCCUAGCAGUGAUGAAAGUGAACAGUCUGGGUACAGUGAGAAUGAAAAGGACACUUUGUGUCCUGUUGAAAGCAGCCAAAAGGAGUCAUCAAGUGAGGACUUGCAAGAGGCAGCAUGUGAUAGUGCGCUGUUUGUAAUUGACAGAACUCCUGGAUUGAGUUCUGAUAAGACUUUUUACCUAGACGACAAGGCUCCAAGUGAAGUUGCUAGCGAAAAAGAAGAGGAGGAGGAAGACGGAAACAGUGAAGACGAAUCAUCAGACAGUGAUGAAAACAAAGAUGAGUCUAGUGAUGAGGAAGACUUACUAAAUAACACAAAGUCGAAACUUCUGAAGUUGACAAGUAGCAGCAUAGACCCUGGACUAAGUAUCAAGCAGUUGGGUGGUUUGUAUAUUAAUUUCAAUGUAGACAAACUGCAGCAGCCUCACAAGAAAACGCUAACACAGAUUAAGGAGAAAAAGAAAAACGAGCUUCUGCAGAAAGCUGUCAUUACACCUGAUUUUGAAAAAAACUAUUGUGUCCCACCAUAUAGUGAAUCAAAGCGUCAACUUCAGAAACAGCGCAGGAAAGAGCGACAAAAAACAGCCGGUAAUGGUUGGUUUGGCAUGAAAGCUCCAGAACUGACAGAUGAACUGAAAAAUGAUCUCAAAGCAUUAAAGAUGAGAGCAAGCAUGGACCCAAAAAGGUUUUACAAGAAAAAUGACAGAGAUGGUUUCCCCAAGUACUUCCAGGUUGGAACCAUCGUUGAUAAUCCAGCUGACUUCUACCAUUCACGAAUUCCCAAAAAACAGAGGAAAAAGACUAUUGUGGAAGAACUUCUGGCUGAUUCUGAGUUCAGGAGAUUUAAUCGAAGGAAGUAUUCAGAAAUCAUGGCUGAAAAAUUAGCAAAUGCAGAAGGAAAGAAGUUCCGAAAAAAGAAGAAAUUUCGAAAUUAGAUCCCACAAAGCAAAUCAUAGCAUUUUAUAGAUACCCUUCAUUUGCUGAAGAGCAUCACAUAAUUUAUAUAAAUAUGUAUAAAUAUUUAGUGAUUUCUGUUGGAAAUAAAGCUGACUGACAGAAUCAACCAUGUGACCCUUGGAAUAAAAAUAGGUGUAAUAUCUGGUUUUAGACUGUUAAAGGGAAAAUAAAUAUCAACUAUUUUAGUA